CGGACCGCUGAACACCGGAUCGUCCCCGGCGCUUUUGGGGCUAUGGCGAUCCCCGGGGGCAGCGGCUCGCUGCGGGGUGACAUCAGCUUCUGGGUUGAUCGAACCCCGGUUCACGAAGCAGCCAGGCAGGGAGAAAUCCUUCAGCUGCAGCAGCUGAUAGAGAACGGAGCCUGCGUCAACGCCGUCACCUACGACUCCAUCACCCCCCUGCACGAGGCGAGCCUGCGAGGGCAGACGCAGUGUGUCAAACUCCUCUUGGCUGCAGGGGCCCAAGUGGAUGCCAGGAAUAUUGAUGGCAGCACUCCACUCUGUGAUGCCUGUGCCUCAGGGAGCAUUGAGUGUGUGAAAGUGCUGCUGUCCCAUGGUGCCAAAGUGAACCCUCCCCUGUACACAGCAUCCCCUCUUCAUGAAGCCUGCAUGAACGGCAGCUCAGAUUGUGUGCAACUCCUCAUAGACGUCGGUGCCAACUUGGAGGCUCACGACUGCCAUUUUGGGACACCCCUACACGUGGCCUGUGCCCGGGAGCAUCUGGACUGUGUGAAGUUGCUGCUUAAGGCAGGGGCGAAUGUGAAUGCUGCUAAACUCCACGAGACAGCCCUCCACCAUGCAGCAAAAGUGAAGAACGUGGAUCUGGUGGAGAUGCUGAUUGAGUUUGGAGGAAAUAUCUACGCAAGAGACAACAGAGGAAAGAAGCCAUCAGAUUACACCCUGAGAAGCAGUCCCACAGCAAAAUGCUUUGAGUACUAUGAAAAAACACCUCUGAGUCUGUCACAGCUCUGCAGAGUAACGGUGAGGAGGGCUGCUGGGCAGCGAGCGCUGGAGAAGAUUGCCAAACUCAACAUCCCUCAGAGGUUAAUCCAGUACCUGUCCUACAACUGACAGGCACCAAGGUGGCUGGGAAGGACACUGACUGCACAACAUGAAGUAUCCAUCUCUUUCUCUUCUACCUCCCCACAAGAAAUGAGUUUUAAUUUAAGCAAACUGGUGUAAAUAGUAUUUAUGAGGCAGCGUUUCCCAUCCCUUCCUCUUCUCUGUGAGGAAUUGUUUGAGCACAGACAACCUUAGGCAAGGUGUAGUGCUGCUCUGGAGCUGCAGCCUCUCCCAGGGUGUUCUGUUUGACUGUCGCUGCAUUUCAGGCUGUAGUGCUUGCUCUGUGCAUGGGAUUUAUCUUGCCUAAUUUUAGCUGUCUCCAACCUAAACACAUCUCUGUACGAUCCAGCCAGACUCCCUUUGCAGGCAGUGGAGAGAAAUAGAUACUUCCAGAGCAUGAUUCAUCCCUCCUGUUUUAGAUGCCUGUGUUUGGAUGAUACACAGCUUCUUUGGGACACCUGUUCCCACUGCCUGCAAAGGGAUUUGGAGGUGAUAGUCUGCUUAUGGAUGUGCGUGUCUCUGAAUUGGGAACACUGGAGCCCACCUUUCUGUUAACUGGAGUGAUAACUGUCAGUGCCAAGUAACAAGUCCUGAGUGACCUGUGUGCUCCAGCUGGAGGCAAAUGAAGUCCCCAGUCCUUGCUGAAGGUGAGCCAGCUUGCACUGUCAUGUUCCUAUAGGAUGUCUUUAUGUCUCCCCUUGAAGCCCAAGCAGGAGACAGGUCUGUCUGCAUGUCCCAGGAAGAGCUUUCUUCCAGACAGCUGGUCCCAAAGAAUAUUUUCCACUUUCACUGAGCCACUGCGACCUAUUUGUUGCUUUGAAGUGCAAUAAGAGGCAGAUGUGUUGCCCAGUGUUGCCCAAAGUACAGAGCUCUGUAUGGCAAGGGCACAUCCCUUAAGCAGUGGUACACCUAAUCCCUGUGGCAUUGACCCACAUGUGAGAGGCAAUAGUAGGGCCCUGCCCUGGGAUUUGGGAUUUUUUUCCCUUCUGAGUUUGUCUCUUGGUUCUGGAACCUCAUGGAGGUUGGCAGCAGGAGUGCUGUGCUGCUGAGUGUUGUGCUCGAGUCUCUUGGCUCCAGCAGGUGCUUUGCAGCUUUGUACUUGGAUGAUUUAAACCUCCAGGGUGACAUUUAUAUGAGCAGAGCCAAAAUUGUCAUCUUCCUUCCAGAUGAGACGUUCCAUACCACAGGGUGAAAGGGAUGGAGCUCUCUGGCAGCAGGUCCUUAGCGCUGUGAUGAGAGCAAAUUCCUCUUCUAAAUAACAGUAAAGGUCAAGAAAUCCUCUGACUGACGUGGGAUCAAGAGAACUCAGGGCUCUCAACAUCCUUCAUGCUGUGCAGGAUGAAUGGUAGCUUGCCUUCUGUCUGCAGCUACCAUGACAGGGCAAAAUAGCACAAGCACAGAGUUCAAGAGCUGAAAUGGAACUGAAUGCACUUUAAUGAUGACCAGCAAAUUAUUAUUUUUUAGAUUUUUUUUUGGUUAUGCCCAUCCCCACACACCCAUUUGUUGCUUUUUUUUUUUUUUCUUCUUUUUUUUUGCAAUGUGAUACCGUGCAGAACUGGGACAGGAAACCUUCUGAGACUGUGCUUUUUAUGGGAUUAUCUGUUUAUUAUUCUAUCCAGAGUUUUAUGUUUGCCACAGAAGAAAUGUGAAGUUGCCAAGAAGCUCAGGGAAGCUCUGGAGCGGAGUUCACCCCUGUGGUUGUUAAGAUAAAGGUUUUGUAUUAUAUCUUUCAACACAAGCUUCCUCUGCCUCAAAUGCUUGUCCUUACAGGUAAAUCUGUAUUAGGAAAGCACCCACCUUUCAGUAUUCUGGGAUGAAAACCCUUCCUCUUGAUUCCAACUCAAAUCCCUCACUGCUUUUUUAACGUAGCUUAAGCUGGUGAAGUGGUGAGAUGGUAAAAUCCAAGCUUCCAGUGUACAAAAGGCUCCUGGAACAGCCAAGAAUAAAAUGACCAGUUCCUUUUUCUGUCAUCUUCA